UGCGGGCCAGUGUGGCAACAGUGUUGGUGUUGACGGUGGCGUGGGCGACCGUGAGGCAGAUGGUGGACGGCUCUCUCACUUCUCUCAACCGUAGCCGCCAAGAUGCCGCCCGUAGAGCUACCUCCUAGUGAGGAGAAGAAGAAUGUGGUGGGGUUCAUUUAUCCCCCGCCGGAGGUCAGAAAUAUUGUUGAUAAGACUGCCAAUUUUGUGGCACGUAAUGGACCAGAGUUUGAAGCUCGGAUCAGGCAGCAUGAGCAGAACAAUCCCAAAUUUAAUUUCCUGAACCCAGGAGACCCUUACCAUGCUUAUUAUCAGCAUAAAGUUAAUGACUGUCGAAGUGGGAAACCAGGAGAGAAAGAACAUCCUCUGUUAGUAGGUGGGCGUGCACCACAGCAGUCAGUGUCACAGGCACAGCAGCAGAAGCAGCAAGAGUUACUCCGAUCUGCUGUUUUGGAAGCAUCUGCACCUAAGGAACCACCUCCUGACUAUGAAUUUAUUGCUGAUCCGCCAUCUAUCUCUGCAUUUGAUUUGGAUGUGGUGCGGUUAACGGCCCAGUUUGUAGCACGUAAUGGUCGACAGUUCUUGACAACCUUAAUGAAUCGUGAGCAGCGAAAUAACCAGUUUGAUUUUCUGCGUCCUCAGCACUCUCUUUUCCAGUACUUUACACGACUGUUGGAGCAGUAUACUAAGGUCCUUAUCCCACCUAAGGAUCUGAUGAAACGGCUUACUGAAGAAGCCCAGAGUGCUCAGGCUGUUAUGAAGCAGGUUAGCCAACGUGUGGAUUGGGAGCGUCACCAGGCUGCUGUACGCAAGCGUGAAGAAGAAGAUGCUGAAAGAGAGCGCCUGGAGUAUGCUGCUAUUGACUGGCACGACUUCACUGUUGUAGAAACUAUUGAUUAUCAACCAUGGGAAGUUGGUUCAUUCCCUCCACCCACAACAGCUGCAGAAGUAGGUCGACGUGUUCUCUUACAGGAGCGAAUAGAAGAAGGUGUUGCUCCUGAUACUGACAUGGUGCUAGGCAGUGAUGAUGAGGAAGAACCUGAGGAAGAGCAAGGUGCACCUGGUGAUAGAGAUGAUACUCAGGUUCAAGACAUGGAUGAAGAGAGUAGUGAGGAGGAAGAUUCUGAUGAUGAGCCACCAGUUCCACAACAGCAGCAGCAGCCACCACCACAGCAACCACCACCACCACAGCAGCAACACCCACCACCACUGCAACAACAACAGCAGCAGCAGCAGCAACAACAGCAGCACGAGAUUAAACUACCACAGCCUCCCUUGCCUCGAGAACCGCCUCAGCCAGCUCCAGCACCCCCUGUAGGAGGGCAAGUAGUAGUAAAAGAUUAUAAUCCUCGUCAACAGCCCCGCCCUGCCCCAGGUACAACAGGUGCCUCUGAUCAGUAUCUUGUGUCGCCCAUUACUGGAGAGCGUAUUGCACCCGAUAAAGUAGGUCAGCAUUUGCGUAUUAAUAUGUUAGAUCCACGUUGGCUUGAAGAUCGUGAUCGCCAGAUCGCUGAACGAUCCAAUCAGGAUACUGUAUUUGCAACAGGUGAUUCUAUUCGUUCAUCUUUGAAGCAACUGGCAGAACGCCGUACAGAUAUUUUUGGUGCAGGAGAUGAAGAGACAAUUAUUGGAAAAAAGAUUGGAGAAGAGGAAAAGCGUGAAGAAAAAGUUACAUGGGAUGGGCAUACUGGUUCUAUGGAGGCAGCAACACGUGCUGCACGGGCCAACAUUUCUAUAAAUGAACAGAUUCAUCAGAUUCAUAAAGUCAAAGGUCUACUGCCAGAUCAAGAAAAAGAGAAGAUUGGUCCCCAGCCUAAAUUACCAACAUCUUCAGCCCCUCCUACGAGUGUAAGCCAGUCUCGCCCAGCUCCACCACCACCAAAGCCUCAGCAGCCCCCUGCAAAGCCACAGCCACCACCACCACCCCCUCCUCCCAAAUCUAUACCACAACCGGCACCAGCCCCACCUCCACCGAAGCCUACAGUAGUUAAUCCAUCUCAGUCUAUGAUGACUGUCAAUAUUGGUGGGCCGCUGCCGCCUCCAAUGGCUCCCAUGGUUCCCCCUGGAGGGGGAGUGAUGGUAGUUCCCCGUCCACCAGUCAUGAUGGCUCCCCGGCCAGGUGGUUUUAUGCCUGGUCCUCCUGCACCUCCUGUAGCUGGCUUUAUGACAUCACAGCCACAACCAGCACCACCCACUGGUCCCCAGCCUACUGUUCCUGGUCCUCCCCCAAUGGGAGGUAUGGGAGGUGGACCUGAUAAAGAUGAUGAUGAAGGUCCUGCAGCCAAAAGAUCACGUACAGAAGAGACUCUAGUGCCUGAAAUUGAAUGGUCCCGUCGUUUUAAUGGUCCUGUCAAGUUCCAGGUUUCAGUGCCAGUUGUAGCAGACAAACCAGAAUGGCGAUUAGCUGGUCAGGCCCUCACACUAACUCUUCCCUUGACCGAUCCAGUCUCUGUAGUAAAAGCCAAAGUUCAUGAUGAGACAGGCUUGCCUCCUGGUAAACAGAAGUUGGCUCGAGAUGGUCUUUUCUUUAAAGAUUCUCAGUCACUUGCAUAUUACAAUGUUGGUCAUGGUACUGUAAUACAAUUACAACUCAAGGAACGUGGUGGCCGUAAGAAGUAAACGACUAUCCUAUCUAGUGGUUGCCUUUUGUUUUUAUUUGACAUGGAUUGGUUAAAAAACAUGCAAAUAUUAAACCAUUUUUUUUUUUUUUUUAAAUUUUGCCAAAGGAACCUCUUUAUUUUGUGUUACAGCUUUCUGCUCUUUCAGUACACUCCCAGCAUCAUGAAACUGGAUUCUGUGCAAGAAAAUUUUUGGUUGCUUGCCGAGACAUUCGUGCACCACUUUAAACCUCGUAAUCAGGUGAGGUACAACUGUUGACAUUAAGAUACCGAUAUGUAUUUUACAGUAGUACUGCACCUCCCCUCGGUAGUAUCCUGAUUUGCUCUAACUUAAUACUAUGUGAACACAUCACAAUGUGUGAUAUAUCAAUGAGGAAAUUAUUUGGAGCAAUGCAGGGAUUUGAACGAGCAUUCUAGUGAUUCCCAGAUGCUUUCCUUAAGCCACUUGUCCACAAUAGGUCCAGCCACUUUGACUGGACGGAAGAGCGAUGGUCUCGCUUGAUGCAGGUCGGAGUUCAAACCCCGACCGUCCAAGUGGUUGGGCACCAUUCCCUACCCCCCAUCCCAUCUCAAAUCCUUAUCCUGAUCCCUUCCCACUGCAAUAAAGUCGUAAUGGCUUGGCACUUUCCCCUGAUAAUUACAUUAAUUGUCCACAAUAGGACAAAAGGUAUUCAACCUGGAACUCUACUGAAUUCACUAGAACAGUCUGGAUGCCCCAGCUUGAGCCACAGCCAGGUUUUUCUGAGAGUCACUAGAAUGCUGGUUCAAGUCCCCACAUUGCUCUAAAUGAUUUUUCUCAUAGAUAUAUCACACUAUUGUGGUUUGUGUGUUCUGAAAGAGGGACAUAUGGAGAACACCAUUACCCACAAGCCAACGUGUAGGUAGGCUAUUCGUAAAUCCUGGUUGUGGUAUAAAAGGGUACAGUUGGGGCCCUCCAGACUCUCCCAGUGUACUCGGUAGUUCCAGGUUGAAUAGCUUUUGUCCCAUUGUGGCAGAGUGGAUUAAGGCAAGUGUCUGAGUCUCACUAGAACGCUGGUUCAAAUCCCCCCCAUUGCUCCUAAUGAUUUUUUCUUAAAUGCCGUAUAUGAUCAUUUUAGACAUUUAAAGAGGUAUUAAAGAAACGUUUCUUCUGCUUACGAAGUUUGAAGUGCAGUGCAUAGGUGGUAGAGCAAGUAGCCAAAGAAAUGCUUUGAGGGUGAAAUGUAGUCAAUAAUUUUGCCAUGGAAGAAAUGAAUUGAAAAGGGGAGAGACUUAAAAGUGUGGAUUUCAUAAGGAGAAUGUCCCGUAUUCGCUGUUUAUAACGUAAGAAAGACUUGCAUUUUUAGCCAUUUUUUAAUUUUAUUUAUUUAUUAAAUAUUUACUGCUGCCCAUUGUGGCAGCAUUAGGUCAGGCAUUACCCUCUGACACAAAAUUUAGAACAGUUGCAAGCUGUUUUAAUUUUAUCAUGGAAACUUAAAACAUAAUCAGAAUACACUUUUGUAAUUAAAGAAAAGUACAGUAAUUAGAGUAUAUAUAAGUUAUUAUAUCUACAGAAGUAAUAUUGUUGAGUGUGGCACCACCUUUUUGGCAGAAAAAUUCAAAUCUUAAAGCAUUGUGUAAAUGCCAAAAUAUUUAGUUUUCAAUAAAUUUUGGUGAUUUGUUCAUACAAUGUGUAGUGUAUAAGAUUACAAAACUUGGGUUUCAUAGUUUAAAUUUAUAUUUUUUUCAAUAUUUUCUUUGUGAAAUUUAAUAAGAAGCCAGAGUUUCUAAACAUAAAAUAUUAUGUAGAACCUAUUAUAAAAACAUUCAGUAUGAUUGUGUGGAAUCAUACACAGUUAUCAUGCUUAAUUAUCAUACACAAUUAAUUAUCAUAAUUAGUGGAAGCCAUUGCCCAUUAUCUUAAGUUAAUCUUAAAUUUUUUUGGGAAUGUUUACCGUUUGUCAUUUGAACUGUGUUCGUGCGGUCUUGUCUAAAAUUACAUUGAAGUAUAUUAAGAUAGCCAUAUAGCCAAUGCAGUGACUUUAAAUAGUGAAACAUGAUUCAUGUUAGAUAGUCUAAACAAGAUUUUCCUCUGUAGAUUCACAAUAUAAAAAAAAGGUGAUAGUUAUGGUAUAAGAAAUUACUUCUUAGUGUAAUUGGGAAAUGUUCAAAUUUGAUGUACUGUAUAUACAAAUUUUUUCUUCAGGAACCUUAUAAUAACAUGAAAAUGUUUAAUAAAUAAUACAAUAAAGAUUAAGAAUAUA